CUACAGCAUGUAUGUCUGUCCUAUAUCCUUCUAGAUCUAUGACAAAACAUACACAAUGGCUCCCAAUGCACUCUGCUUCAGCAACAUUGAAUCUUGCAGUGUGAUGUCACCCUGGAACAGUACAAUAUACAGUGAUACUGAAAGCUAUGAUGUCCUACUACGAAUGGUAACACCUUCAUAGGAAACGUCUAUUACAGAAAAUGCCCUCCAUGGUCCUUGGAUUUGCUUUUCUGCCUGAAGAACAGGGGAAGAAAACUAAUACAGUAUAAGGGAUUAUAAUACAAAUCCAUUGGGUUGUUUUGCUUACCGUGGAAUGAAAUUCCAUUUGGCAUCUCUUAAAAUAAUGAACAACACCCCAGCUGAGUAUCCUAUUGUCGUAUAGCUUGCUCGAGCUGGGGAACAGGGUUCUGGUAAUAUACAUAAACCAUUCAAGCUUUACAUUAUCAAUAUAAGUGAGAGCAAAGCCUUAUUGAAAAUACUGGGUCUGUGGUAUACCUGGAGGGUAGUUCAGUCCUGAUGUGUUACUAGAGAGAACUUAUGGAUUCUGGAUUCUAUUCUCUGCACUGCAGCCAACUUCUUUCUAGGCAACUGAGGGUUUGGGAUGAGACUUUAAUUGGUGGUUGCUGCAUGUAACCAAAGUCCAUAUUCUAUUAUCUUGGCACAAAAAUAUUUUCUGUGCCACAGUAAGUAACUAGGUCUUGCUUCACUUUAAAGUUAAGCUUUGUGGUCAACCAUGAACGCUAGUGGCCCUGGAUAUCCAUUAGCUUCUUUGUAUGUGGGAGAUCUUCACCCAGAUGUGACCGAAGCCAUGCUGUAUGAGAAGUUCUCACCUGCUGGACCGAUCAUGUCCAUCAGAGUUUGUCGGGAUGUUGCCACACGUCGAUCGCUCGGUUAUGCCUACAUAAAUUUUCAGCAGCCCGCUGAUGCUGAGAGGGCUUUGGACACCAUGAAUUUUGAAGUGAUCAAAGGUCGGCCCAUUCGAAUCAUGUGGUCCCAGCGAGACCCUGGCCUCAGGAAAUCAGGGGUUGGGAAUGUCUUUAUCAAGAAUCUGGACGACUCCAUUGACAACAAAGCCUUGUACGAUACGUUCUCAGCCUUUGGGAAUAUCCUUUCUUGCAAGGUGGUUUGUGAUGAGAACGGAUCCCGCGGUUAUGGCUUCGUUCACUUUGAGACUCAUGAGGCAGCGAAUCGGGCCAUUGACACCAUGAACGGGAUGUUGCUCAAUGACCGCAAGGUCUUUGUCGGCCAUUUUAAAUCCCGCAGAGAGCGGGAGGCAGAAUUUGGGGCACGGGCGAUGGAAUUCACCAAUGUCUUUAUCAAGAACUUUGGGGAUGAUAUGGAUGAUGACCGACUGCGGGAAAUAUUCUCUAAGUUUGGGAAGACGCUGAGUGUCAGAGUUAUGAUGGACGACACUGGUCGCUCGAAAGGGUUUGGGUUUGUCAACUUUGAGAAGCACGAAGAAGCCCAGAAGGCUGUGGCAGACAUGAACGGGAAGCAGAUCAAUGGCCGGAUGGUGUACGUUGGCCGAGCUCAGAAGAGGAUGGAGCGUCAGAGCGAACUGAAGCGUAAAUUUGAACAGAUCAAACAGGAAAGAGUGAGCAGAUACCAGGGGGUAAAUUUAUAUGUGAAGAACCUGGAUGAUGGUAUUGAUGAUGAGCGGCUGAGGAAGGAGUUCUCUCCAUAUGGUACCAUUACUAGUGCAAAGGUGAUGACAGAGGGUGGACACAGCAAAGGGUUUGGGUUUGUAUGUUUUUCCUCCCCAGAAGAGGCUACCAAGGCCGUGACGGAAAUGAAUGGACGGAUCGUCAGCACCAAGCCUUUGUACGUUGCCCUCGCUCAAAGAAAGGAGGAAAGAAAAGCGAUUCUCACCAACCAGUAUAUGCAGAGACUGGCCACCAUGAGGGCCCUGCCUGGCCCUCUCCUUGGCUCCUUCCAGGCACCCACGGGGUACUUCUUGCCUGCCAUCCCACAGCCACAAACCAGAGCUACUUUCUACAGUCCUAGCCCAGUUGCCCCAGUCCGUCCUGCCCCUCGGUGGAGCGCGCAGCCCUCCAGGCCUCCCUCCGCCUACCACACGGCUACCCCAAUCCUGAGGGCUGCAGCUCCACCCAGGCGCCUGCUAUCCAACAUCAGCACCAUGAGACAGGCAUCUACCCAGGUGCCCCGAGUGCCACCGCAUGCCCAGAGAGUGGCCAACAUAGGGACCCAGACGCUUGGUGCCCGUGCACCCAGCUCACCAUCCCUGCCGCGGGGCGUGCCACAGUAUAAGUACUCCUCAGCAGUGAGGAACAUCCAGCCGAUGGGAAGCGUGGCACCUAUGCUGGUACAACAGGCUGGAGAACCUGCUGUUCAUAUUCAUGGGCAGGAGCCUCUGACUGCAUCCAUGCUCGCGGCAGCUCCUCCUCAGGAGCAGAAGCAAAUGCUAGGUGAACGCCUUUACCCCCUAAUCCAUGCCAUGCACGCCUCCUUGGCUGGGAAGAUCACAGGAAUGCUGCUGGAGAUUGAUAACUCGGAGCUGCUGCUUAUGCUGGAAUCGCCAGAAUCCCUCCACUCCAAGAUCGAGGAAGCGGUUGCAGUGCUCCAAGCACACCAGGCUACUGAAUCAUCGCUUAACAGCAGUGCUGCAACAUUCCUCCUAUGAGACCCAGAGGAGGGACUGUGAAGAAUGCUUGGCUCUGAAGAUAAAGCAACUACAACCCUGACAUGCAUCCCCACAUAUAUUGGAAGCAUUUAUUUAUUUUUUCUGUGUACAGACAGCGACAUUGACUUGCAUUCAAAGCCCAGCGUUACUUUUUCUUUGUGCAUCAAAAACUUUGCAAAAUGAUUUUUCCCCAUAAAUGAACUGCAUCUAUGUAACACUGUCCGUGAGCUCUCUUCUGGCAAUCCUCACUGCUGACAGCAGGUAGUGAAAAUGUUAACAAGGGGGGCACAUGGUAGAAUGACAACCUCUCCUUGUGAGUGGCGAGGAGGGAGACACGAUUGAUUCAGUUGUAGUGUUCCACGAGAUAACAAAUCAUCAGAGCUUGUCAUUUUUAGUAAGUUCUAUUUGGUUCUGUAAUGUUUUAUUUGUUCUUGUGGUUGACACCAUAAACAGCUGAUACAUCCACCCUCACUAUGUGCUUGUCACUGUCUUUCUUUCAAGAAGAAAUGGUUUCUUCUGUACAAAUGGUGGUAAAAGUGAUUAGACCUAAGGCUGAUCUUCA